CUUGUGCUUUACCCGGCGUAUUUCCUCAUCGGGACUGUGGGAGCACACGCGAUCUGCACCGCUCUCUCUGCCUCUGCAUUUCUCCACCGCACACUUUUUAGACGAGUUGUCAGAAGACACUGCACUUUUGACUGCGGGUUCUGUGCAAUUGCGGUGUUUGUGUGAGGCUUUGAUGAUGCGAUCGCGCUUUUGGAGGAUGAGAUCUCUCAAGGAAAUAGUCUUGGGGUGAAAUUCUGGCACUGUUUUUAGUCUGUGACCGGGCAAAGUCGGAGUGGUUAGGAAAGGCGAAUCAACCUGUUACAUCUUCUUGAGCAUUUGCAGUUUCACUGCUGCAGAGGCACUGAUUCUCACAGUCGUCGCGAGAAAAAGAUGCAGAAAGUUUGUUAAGAAAAAACAAGAGGAGAGAGACAGAGAGAGAGAGAGAGAGAGAGAGGAAUAGCUAAACCGUAAAGGACGCUUCGGAGAUUUUUUUUAAAAAAAACAAAAGGGAUUUAUUGCAACCUUCGCCCUGCAAGGAUUUUUUUUUUAAAAAAAAAUAUUAUUUAACGAGUGGAGCUUUGUCAUUAAAACAUCCCAAUGUUAUUGCUAUUCACACUGGUCAUAGUGUUUGCUGACUUACGGCUUCAUGGCGUCAAAGCUCAAGGCGGAUCUAUUAAAGCUUUGCGAUCCUCUACUAUACAGAGAGACGAGAGCAAUCACCUCACAGCAAUUUAUCGACAAGAAGAUGCAGUCAAUGUCGUGAAUAAUGGGUUCAUACAGAGUCCAAGGUUUCCUCUCAACUAUCCAAGGAGCAUUUUAUUGACCUGGAGAUUGCUGUCCCCUGAAAACACAAGGAUACAGCUAGUUUUCGAUUCUCGCUUUGGCCUGGAGGAACCAGAAAAUGACAUUUGCAGGUAUGACUUUGUAGAGGUGGAAGAUGUCUCUGAAACAAACCGUGUUAUUCGUGGAAGGUGGUGUGGAAACAAAGAAGUUCCCCCAAGACUUACAUCAAAAAGCAAUAGGCUGAGGAUAACCUUUAAAUCAGAUGAAUAUUUUGUGGCCAAACCUGGUUUCCGCAUUUAUUACUCCCCAGUGGAAGUGGACGAUUUACAGCCCCUACCCUCAGAAUCAAAUUGGGAAGCUGUCCCAAGUUCAGUGUCGGGGGCAUUCUGGCAUUCAUCAGCAGUCACUGCUUCACCCCAGACUGCAGACACUUUAGAUGAGGCUAUCGCUGGAUUCAAUACAAUCGAGGAACUCUUGAAGCAUUUAGAUCCAGAGACUUGGGAAGAUGACCUGAAUAGUCUCUUUCAAGACACAUCCCAGUUUCGGGGGAGAACAUUUCAUCAUGAACGUAGGACCAAAGCUGACUUGAACAGAAUGAACGAUGAUGUCAAGCGCUACAGCUGCACCCCUCGAAACUACUCAGUUAAUCUUCGAGAAGAGCUGAAGCAGACGAACGCUGUCUUCUUCCCUCGGUGCCUUCUGGUUCAGCGCUGCGGGGGCAACUGUGCCUGUGGCACCGAGCAUUGGCGGUCCUGCACCUGUAUGCCGGCCAAAACGGUUAUGAAAUAUCAUGAGGUGCUGAGAUUUGUACCUGAACCAGGACAACCAGGGCAGCAACGUAGGAGGAACAAAAAAAAGAACAUUAACAUGGUGGACAUCCAGUUGGCACAUCAUGAACGGUGUGACUGUAUCUGCAGUUCCAGACCACCCCGAUAAAGGAAGAAAUGGAGCCUUUAAGGACCUUAAGAUUUCUUAGCGGGACUGUGUCUGAGUACAGAUGGUUGCUCUCAAUGGAGCUAAUAUUUCCUAGAAUUACAAAAAGCAAAGAAUAACUGCUAUGCUUGAACAUAGUCUCCUUAAGUAGCAUUGUGCCAGCCAAAAUUCCAUAGUAUCACCUUGCUUAUUGUAGACAGACCAUUAUAAGACUCAAUUUGUAAUGAUGCAGCCAGCUUUGAUGCAGGAUAAUCUUUUGCCUUUUUUCUAACGUUCAGAAUAUCAUCUCAACCAGUUUGAUGAGUUUGAGUCUCUUAAUUUGUGUCAGUUUUAAGGGCGGCACAAAUGUUUAAAGAGAAAUUACUGAAGGAUUGGAGAAGGGCAUCAAAAAAUGUAAAACAAAAUACUCUUAUUGCUGCAAUCUGUUGAUUUUUUUUUCUUUUGGAAGCUAAAACCUAACAAGAUCACCAUAAAAAUUGCACAAUUUACCAAUGUUUUAUUCCCCCCACCCCAAAAUAAAAUGGGAAGCGAGGCGUUUUAAUCAAGCCACGGGGGUUAGAGAAGCAAAUGUCCCCAAUGUGACUCAUUAAUAGACAUUUAGAGUGGCUAACAGAGAAUCCUGCUGAGGAUCAGAAGUCCAUCAUGGCCAACUCACCUCAUCCCAACUCCAAGCACCGGUGCAUUGGCCUGUGACGUACUGCUAGUUACUGAACAGAUUCCAUAUCACUGACUCUGAGGAACUAUUAGUGAAUUGCAUUAGGAACCAAUGCUUGUUUUUCCCCUUCUCCCCCUCACCCCACCACCCCCACCCCCAUAUGUGUUUCUCAGGCAAUGCUUUGUUUAUGAUUGGAUUUCUGACGUCCAGUUUUAUCCCCUGAAAUGUAAAUGAUAUUUAAAUGCUUCUCUUUUUCUUCACUGCACGUCUGUUGAAAGGUAUUGCGAGUUUCUGAAUAUUGUUUGUCCAAGAAACAAACUCUUUGGGUUUCUGUUGUUAUCACAUUAUGCUUUUUCAUUAAGUUUAAUUUUAUUGUGAAUCCUUUUAUGAAUUGGGCUAACAUUUUCUGUCCUCAUUAACAAAGUUGUUCAGUAUGAUUAUAUCCAUACACGGUUGCUUUUAAAUUUUAAUCUGAAUACUAAAGUCCGUCACCUUACAGGUGGCACAUACGCACAGAAUUUCUGGUAAAGAACUAUUGAGUUAUUUCUUGCUCACAACUUGCCGUUGUCAGUAUCGAUCGCACCUUUGACUCACUGUGCUCUCUGGAGAAUAAUAGAAGCAAAGCUAAGUAGUAAAUGAUAAUAUAUUGCAGUAUCCUUGGUGAAGUAUCCUUUGGAAUAGCAUAUUUUAAAAUCCUAGAGGAUUCUAAUAGGAUUUUGGAAUACAUCCUAUAGAAUAAAUCCUAUUGAAUUUUUACUGAAUCUUUUAGGAUCUCAUAUGCAGCAAUUUCAUAAUCUUUUAGGAUUAGUGGUUAAGGAUUUUAGCUGAAAUUUAAAUUAUGUAAAUAUAAACCAGUUGUCCGAGGGCAUGGAUUUUACGAGGAGAGACUUGUAAGGUACACCCACACCUUACAGGAGUGCUGUCAGCUUCUGAAAGCUACUGGGGGGGGCAUUUAAUUUAAAGCUAUCUGUGUCUUAUAAAUUAAUUAAGUAACAUUCAUUAUCCCAAAAGCACUUUUAACCAUUUCAGUUUCUUCAAUUUCCUCCAUCAUGUUAUUUUCAGGUAAUAAAAUAAGUAAUAAUCAAAAGGUGAUUUUUUUAGGAAAAUGUUAAGAAUAAUUUCAGUUUCUUACAUGUAGCAUAGUAAAAUGCUGUGCUGUACUAUCAGUUCACUUUCAGUAAUACCGGGGCUAAUUGCCCUUUGAACAACUCCACAGGGAUACUGUGUUUUUGUUCUUGUGCAGUAAGCAAAGAAUUUCCUAAAGUGCAAUUCUUGUAUUUUAACAGCAGCGUAUUUCUAAAACAAAUAUAUGGCUCAAAAUGGCUUUUUUUGUGUAUGUAUUAUAUGCUUCCUAUUUUGAUGGAAUGUAAAGAUUGCUUCAGAAAGGGAUUUGUAGAGGAUUAUUUUUUGUUAUAAAAUAAACUAAAAUUGUCAACUUCA